AUGGCGCUGUGGCUAGAGCUUACACAGAUACUAGCUUACACAGAUACUGUAGUUGCGACACAGGGAAGUCAGCAGCAGGGGAGACAACUCGAUACAUCAACACAGGAUGGCGCUGUGGCUAGACCUUCCACAGAUACUGUAGCUGCCAUAGAGGGAAGUCAGCAGCAGGUGGCACAGUCCAUUUCCACAACCACCCACAACUACUUUGGUUCUACAGUUUCACAUUAUGACCUGUCCAACUCCUCUAACGUGGCAAUGGGGGAUGGCAGACAUCAAGGCUGUAUAUCUCAAGAGUGUCUCAGUGUUAGGAUCAACCAGCUCAGAGAUAUGUUUGUGGAAACCCAUGCUCUUGACAAAGCAAAAGAACUUCUGAAAAGACACAACCACGUGGCCAUCUGCGGCGCCCCUGGAGAUGGGAAAACUAGUGCUGCUCUCAGGAUCUGUGAAGCGUAUAUGAAGAAAAAGUAUCAAGUAUUGUUUGUUGAAAGUAUUGAAGAGUUUGACAGUGAUGUCGUCAUUAAGCGAAAGUGUGACAUGCUGCUUGUGUUUGACGAUGUCUUUGGCUCUGUUGCAUUUCCAAGCAGCUAA